GCCCCAUAAAUAAAGAAAUAAAUAAAAUAUAUAUGAGACUUUUUUCUUUGGUAUCGAAAAUGGAGGGAAGAAGUCAUAUUAUAGCGGCGAUAUGGGCGGCGGCGGUGGUGGUGACGGCGGCGGUGUGGAGUGGGGCGGGGGCGCAACAAGUGCCAUGCUAUUUCAUAUUUGGAGAUUCGUUGGUGGAUAAUGGGAACAAUAAUCAGCUUCAAUCUUUAGCAAGAGCUGAUUAUUUGCCUUAUGGGAUUGAUUUUGGUGGACCUACUGGAAGAUUCUCCAAUGGCAAAACCACUGUUGAUGUUAUUGCGGAGUUAUUAGGAUUUGAUGAUUAUAUUCCACCGUAUGCCACUGCAAGAGGUCGAGAUAUACUGAGAGGUGUCAAUUAUGCUUCCGCUGCCGCUGGAAUCAGAGAAGAAACUGGUCGUCAGUUGGGAGGACGAAUAAGCUUUAGUGGACAGGUGGAGAAUUACCAAAACACAGUAUCUCAAGUUGUAGAUUUGCUUGGAGAUGAAGACUCAGCUGCUGAGUAUCUAAGUAAAUGCAUUUACUCAAUAGGAUUGGGAAGCAAUGACUAUCUCAACAAUUACUUCAUGCCCCAAUUUUACUCAACAGGCAACCAAUAUACACCUCAACAAUAUUCUGAAAACCUCAUUCAACAGUAUGCUGAACAACUUAGGCUUUUAUACAACUAUGGAGCAAGGAAGUUCGUGCUAUUUGGAAUUGGUCAGAUUGGUUGUAGUCCAAAUGAGUUGGCUCAAAACAGCCCAGAUGGAAGAACUUGUGUUCAAAGGAUAAACUCAGCCAAUCAAAUAUUCAAUGCUGGCCUGAAAUCAUUAGUUGAUCAAUUCAACAACAACCAAGCUGAUGCAAAAUUUAUCUACAUCGAUUCUUUUGGCAUUUUCCAAGAUGUCAUUGACAAUCCAUCAGCCUUCGGUUUUAGGGUUGUCAAUACUGGGUGUUGUGGAGUAGGAAGAAACAAUGGCCAAAUUACAUGUCUACCAUUUCAAACGCCGUGCUCAAACAGGGAUGAGUAUCUAUUUUGGGAUGCAUUUCAUCCAACGGAAGCAGGGAACACGGUCGUAGGUCGGAGAGCUUACAGUGCUCAACGACCAACUGAUGCAUACCCGGUCGAUAUUCGUCGUCUCGCACAACUCUAAGAGUGGUUUGAGGGUAUUAUGUUAUGGAUUUUAUAGUAAGUUAAAGGGUUUAUAUAUAAAAAUUUAUAAACAUAUAUAUACACUUCUUUUUCAUUAGGAUUUUUUUUUUUUUUAAUUAUUGUUCAUUGAGUUUGGGUGUUUCUGUCUUUUGGUGUCUGUAUUAUUGUAUUGUAAUUGCUGUCUACAAUUGCUAGUAAUUAAAUUGUUGUUUUUCUAAUGUUUCAAUGUAGAGAGCAAUUAUCGUUCAA